AUUGUUUAUUUGUUAUUCAAAAUCUGUAUCUAGAUAAGAUAAUUUUGUCCAUCUCUGCUAUUAAUUGUCACUCACGUUUUCUAUCGUUCAUCUACACGUUGCUUAAACAAGUCUUUAUUUCUGAAUGGUAAUCAAAGUCAUACACACUGCACAUGUAUGUAUAAGUGUAUAACCCACGUAAGGGCUAAAAGUAUGACCUUAAUCGGCAGAAGGGUUAUGUAGUUUUCAUUUGUCUUAAUCCGAAAUUUUAGCUUCGUAGAAAUUAGUCUGAUAGUCAACGUGUUAAACUAUCGUAUUAAGUGACAAGGCAUUCCAGUGAUACGAUAGCGAUGAGCAACGGUGAUCUAAUCUUUCUCGAGUAAAAUCAUUUGAAGAUAAGGGCGCCGACAUCGCAUAAACCGAUAAUUUAUUAUAUUAUAGAGAGUGAGUCACGGAAAUGAGAGUUUCUUGGUACAAACAUAAUCGUCAUAGUUUUGUUUCUCCCAAAGUCAUUCUUUUCUAUGUACAAGUAUAUUUCAACAACAAAAACAUGAUAAAUUAAAACUCUUUGGGCCCAAUACGUUAGGAGAAAGCAGGAACUUCCCACAAUGCCAUUUAUAACAUUAUUCACGACUUACCCUGUAUAUGUAUAGGGUGGUCACAUGCGUCGUACUAUAAAGAAAAUAAUUGUACAAGAAAUUACGAUACACUUUGGGCUCCAUAACAGCGCGCCAUGUCGAGGUUAUGUUUUAUAAUAGCACUUAAGACUGUUCAUCGUCUUUUAUGUAGUUUUUCUUUACUACCACAUAUGUAUUUUGCUUUCUCCAUAAAUUCCAGUCCUAUCCUCUCACAACUAUAUACGACAUAGCCGAUAAAAAGUCACUUCGAAUUUCAAAGAUUUUUUAUCGAUUGCUCCAUCGAUUCAGAUGGACAGAAUGUUUUCAUUACACCCUAUACAGGAUCAGCGCAAUGACACAUCCGUUCACGCAACGGCAUACUUGGAUGAUAAUAGGGACUUACAUACAGGGUGUUGUUUUUACACCAUACGUAUCUAUAACACUGCUGCAUUUUUCUAAAAUACCAAAAAUAAGGCAAAUGUCCUGAUUAACAUUAAAUUUCUUCAGAAUAAUAUUUUUCAUAAAAGAAAAGUCUUUGAAAAUUUUAUGUAAAAGAUGAAAAUUUUGCAGGGACUGAUCUGGCAUUCAACGUCAUAUAAUUUAAAAAAAUAUCUUUUGCCUUGAAAAUUUAAAAUAUAACCCAGAUCUAUCUUUUCUCUAACGGUUUAUAUACCUCUAAAAAAAAAAAAAAAUAUUGAAAUGCUCGUGUUUGAGGAAACACACUGUAGAUCAUGCUCGAUCCAGCAAGUAUUUAUUAACGCGUGGGCGGUAGAUCGCAGCGCGUAUUUGCACGCGAGUUCAACAUUCACGUUUAGUAGUCGCUGGACGAUAGACUGGACUGGACUAAACAACGCUAUUGUCGUAAACAACUUUUCAAAACAAGCUACGUUAGUGCAGCGAAUCUCAGUGAACCCUAUUUCGACCGCUAUAAAUACAACACCAUCUUUAAAUACAGUCACAGUUUCAUUGAUGAAACUGUCACACGAUAUCGUACCAAUGUGAAAAUUAGUCGUUAAAGUAAGUGAUCGAUAGUGAACUAUAUUCCUAAAUAAGUUUUCAAAUUGGUUCAUAAUUGUGAUUGAAUUAGAAUAUUAAAAUUGGAUGAAAUUUGAUAUUGAUCGCAUCCUUUGAUUACGUACUUCGUCAUCGAAUUGCUUAAUUAUCAACAUGAUAUCGAUAUCGUUCCCAUCGCUAGCUACAGGGUGUUGGCCCAUGCGCGUGAGUCGUGAAUCGUGAUCCACGUAAAUUUCGUAAACCCACGUGUAGCAACUUCGCGAUACUCGCUUAGCGUUCCUUUCCACAAUCGUACACCAACUGUUCUUUCCUACUACGUCUAUCUCAUUGUAUCUCUGCUCAAUGAACGUAUACGUCUGUCCGUAAAGUUUUACUUUCGCAACGCCUUUCCCUUUUCCUGUGGUUGGUCGAGAGUUUCUUGGAAGACCAAGUUCUCCACUUUUACGCGCGCAUUGGGAAGUGUCACGCGUCUCUACGCACACACGAGCAAAACCAACAGCAAACCAAUGAAACCAAGCCUGUCUCACUCUCUCGUUGCAGCUAAACGUUAGUCUGCACGCGGUAAGAUGGCCGUGUACAGGCUGUGCUCACCGUUUGGUCGCGUCUGUUUUUCUCUGUACUUUCUUACGGUCGCAGUGCUGUGUCAGGAGCAACAUUCGUCUGGUAGUCGAUACUAUAGUCGUGAUGGUGUCUACGUGCCAACGAACGGGACGGAUUAUCGGACCGACACGUAUAUUUACAAGGACAGGAGGUACGGUUACCGUCCCAGUUACCUGGAUCCUGUUUACAGAGGACACAUCAAACCAACGGACGAUCGGUAUCACCGCCAGGACACACCUGCAAGACUUCCUCUGCCUGGAAUACUAGGUGGCUGGCGAGAAGAUCUACAAGGAAGAGAACGGCCAGAUUCAAAAAAUUUACCUAGAGACGUAACAGUUGACACAAAUUAUGGACAAAUACAAGGAUUCAAGGUGUAUAUAUAUGAUGAUCCGCAAGCAAGACACAGACCUUGGAGUUUGCCAGUUGAAAGAGUUACAAAACAUGUUAACGUAUUUCUGGGUAUUCCUUAUGCCAUGCCACCUAUUAGGGAGGGUCGUUUCAAGCCUCCCAGACCUCACAGAGGUUGGCAGUUAAUGCAAGCUGUCGAUUGGGGUCCAGCAUGUCCUCAACCUAGUGCAUAUACUGGUGCCACUAAAGGAAUCAGAGAUGUAGACGAAGAUUGUCUAUAUUUAAAUAUUUUUACACCAAAUAUUGAUUCUGGACUUGCUCAACCAUAUGCUGUAAUGUUUUACAUUCAUGGUGGAGAAUUUACUCACGGAGCUAGUAACUUAUUCCCUGCUCAUAUGUUGGCUGCAUUUUACAAUGUAGUAGUUGUAUCUAUUAAUUAUCGAUUGGGAGCAUUAGGAUUUCUGAGUACAGGAGACGAGAACAGUCCUGGAAACUAUGGAAUUCUAGAUCAAGCUAUGGCACUACAAUGGGUGUAUGAUAAUAUUAGGGCUUUCAAUGGUAAUCCAGAAGCAAUAACACUUUUUGGACCUGGUGCUGGUGCAGCAAGUGCUGGACUGCUAAUGGUUUCACCUAGAACCAGUGAAAUGGUAUCCAAAGUAAUAGCUCAAUCAGGUUCUGCAUUGGCAGACUGGGCAGUUAUAAUAGACAAAUACAGAGCACAGAAUACAUCCAGAGUAUAUGCUGAAAUGUUGGGCUGUAGUAUAGAAAGCAGUUGGAAAUUGGUGCAGUGUUUGAAAGAUGGUCGAAGCUUUCUAGAAUUGGGUAAUUCUGAAUUGAAGCCACAUAUUGGAAUGUUUCCAUGGGCUCCUGUGUUAGACAUUAAUUUCACUGUACCAAGCGAUAAUUGGUUUGAAGACUGGAGAGCAUCUGAUUGGCGUUUCUUUCUUGAAACACCAGAAAAUAGUAUUAAAAAUUAUAAAUUCAAACAGAACUUGGCAUACAUGGCUGGUGUAACUACUCAAGAGGCAUCAUAUAUUAUAUAUAACAAUGUUACACUGGCAAGGAAUCAAUAUGUAAUAGAUCCAGAAUUAUUCGAUCAAAAAAUUUGGGAACUCGUUCUUCGGUACAAUUACACCCUCAAUCCUCAAGGCGUUUAUGAAGCUAUAAAGUAUAUGUACACAUAUUGGCCUGAUCCAAAAAAUAUUACACACAUUCGCGAUCAGUACAUCAAUCUAUUAUCAGAUUUUCAUUACGUGGCUCCUUUUGACAAAAUUGCAAAGUUAUUGGUAGAGAGACACGUACCUACUUAUUUGUACGUGUUAAAUACUACCAUAGAAGCACUAAAACUGCCACAGUGGCGUAGAGUACCUCACGAUACUGAACUUCUUUGGCUGACUGGCGCACCUUUCAUGGAUAUCGAAUUUUUUCCUCAGAAAUGGAAAUUGAAGCGAGACAUGUGGACAGACAACGAUCGCAAUAUGAGUCACUUCUUCAUGAAAGCGUUUUCCAAUUUUGCAACCUAUGGAAAUCCAACACCGUCGCAAAUUGUGGGGUUACACUUCGAUGUUGCUAGGCAAGGGCAACUACGCUAUCUGAACAUUAAUACUACUUUCAACAGUUCAAUUUUAUUCAAUUAUCGACAAACUGAAAGUGCAUUUUGGUCCGCUUACUUGCCAACUGUUAUUGGUCGUUUAGUGCCUACGUAUCCUCCAGUUACCGAAUAUUGGUGGGAACCGAAGCAGCCUUUGCAAAUUGCGUUUUGGUCAGUUUCUACCGCGUGUCUGCUGUUGAUUGUACUAUCCGUUGUGUGCUGCAUGCUUUGGCGCAAUGCCAAGAGACAAUCUGAUCACUACUAUAGCGGGGACAUCUUGAUGGUACGAGACGAUGAGCCCUCGGAGGGAAUCGAGAAUCUGACUCGUCCCUCGAAGGAAAACCUUUACGAAUAUCGCGAUGCACCAAAUGUCAGAUCCAGAACGCCGCGACAAAAUGAAUCGAAGCUUCAAGAACGAUUAACACAGAACAGGAAGUUCAGUUCAACCCCGUCCCUCAGAAGCAACUCCAAUAUAUCUUUGAAGGACAUGCGCUCCGACGGAUUUGUUACCAGCUCACCCAACGGUCAUCCCAAGAUAAACAAAGCGAUGAGCCAAACUUCGUUAUCUAAAAGCAAAAGCAAGACACAGCUAGUCCAAGGUGUUCCACAGACGGCUGUAUGAUAGCCUUUUAUCGUGUGUAAUUGGACGUACUUUUCGAAACUAGUACAAUGGAUGUCAAUUUAUAUGAAACAAAACUCUAGUAGAGUGAUGCUGAUCGUUUUAUAAACGAUUACAAAAUUUUCGGAAACCGUGAUUCUUUAUUUAUAUAAGGAAUACGUGGAAACUUUACUAACGAUCGAAAAACUUAGAAUGAACAAAAAAAUAAUAAUUUUGAACACAAAGCUGUGAUCAUCUGCAUUGGUUACAAUUUCCCGAAAGGUUAAGAAAUAUCCCGUGUGUACGGGAUAAAAAAAAAUGCGCGAACGACUGAAUUUAAUUAAUAUUUUAAGUUUCAGCUAAAUAUUUAAUCCGUCCAUAGAAAUGUCGUUGUUACGCGUAUGUAAAAACUUCUAUUUUUUAUCUAACACUGUACAUAUCGAUACUUAUUUUAUACCUUUUUUACAUUGAUUUUAUUCUUAUAAGGAUCGUCGUUGUGCCUCGUAGAAUAUAUAAAUGUUUUUUAAGGAGAACAAUACACGCCACAAUAGUAAUAUAUUAUACAAUAAUACAAGUCACGUCCGUGUAACUUUAAGAAUCAAUUCAAUAGCCAUAGGUUUAAUAAAGUAUGGGAUUUUAUAUCUCUUUUCACUACGAAAGAGGUAUCAGUGGCGCGUUAUACUUCAUGGGACUUCAACUGAAAUAAAAUAUCAACGUCCCAUCUAAAGAAAAAACGAAGAACUUUAAUAUAAAAUAAAUAUUUAAUCCAGCCUAAUCAUUCAAAAUACUUCGGCAGGUGGUUUCUCUGUUUAUAGGUUAACGCGUCACUGCACACUACUACAUAUCUAAACGGCGUAUUUCUAUACACCAUCGUUUAUAGUAUUAUUAAAGAACACGCGUAAUUUGUAGUUGAACCGAUCUCAUUAUUCUCAUUGUCAUAAUUUCAUUGACAUAGGUUCACAGUUUAACCAUUUGUAGUACCUAAUUAUACAGAUGUAUAUUGUUAUAUCUUGCGAGAGAUUUUAUAUAUUUUGUCUAGCAUAUAAAGCUCAUUCCGUACUAAGCAAAUUUAAUUGUAUUUAACUAGUGUAUUCGGUACCUUUUACACAUAAAUUGACGCUCUUACCAUAUUAAUCUUUAUUUGUUCUAAAAAUAGAACUAUUUUGUAUUGCAUACAUCACGUUCUUGUAGAUGGCAUUAGUCAUAAGACUUUCAAAAAUGUACAUUUCAUAGUAAUUUAUUAUAAAUGUUUCAAAGCGUACAAAACUCUUUUUCGAACUUAAACGCGCUACUGAAGCGCUUCUGCCAUGUCUAUCUUGCUGACCAUGUUAAUUGAGUACCCCAGAUUUAAUAUUAAGCCGUGGAACAUGUAUUGUAUGUAUUACGGUAUCAUAGACCGUCGUUAAAUAAGUUUUUGUAAAAAAAAUAAAUAAAUAAUAAAACCAAGUUUGACAUGUUCUAAUUAUUGGUGACGCAUCAAGUACACUUAUCAGUUUAUCAUUUGCAUUUGCUUAGAUACCUCUUUUUAUAAUUCUCUGUUAUCAAUUACGCGAUCCGUUCCCAAUUACAACAACAUUCAUUGUUUACAUUUAGUUGAUAGGUAUCGCAAUAAUUGCAAUGUCCGUAGGCGAUCCUUUUGAUUUAUCACGAAUUAUUAUUAAAAAAGACGAAGAAAGAUGAACCCGAAGAAGGUAAAAUUAAUAACAGAUGCGUGUAUCAUCUUUUUUCCCUUAAAUAUGUUGUUCGUUCAUAUCGUGAACCACACACAGAAACGUGUAACCAAGAACAAGGAACGAGUAGAUCGCGAAGAACAAAGUAAAUACAAAUUUGAUCCUCUGGGUCUGGAGGUUAAACAUCCUGGGACAGCGGUAUUGCUUUUGCAAUGUCAAGAGCAACCUAUACUCUUAGCUGCGGCCGCUGCUCUCUCCAAGUAUGGCAGCAAAUCUCAAGGAAACCUAGAGGUCCUGUUCGACCUCGAAAUUGUAGCAAGCGUUAUCCCGCUAAUCGAACACGAAAAUCUAUUUACUCGAAGGUUACUUGCCUAAUUCAACUCUUAAGUAGCUGUAGCAGGUCAUAAAUCUACUAUUUAUCAGGAUAUUAUAUGUUCUAUCACUCUUUAAUUUGCUACUGCAAUAUUUAGAUUUGCUGCAAAGCUGUUGGCAGAGAUGGCAGCCAUUCCCAACGUUCGCAACUUCCUGCUAGACAGCACCUACUAUAUUCCACAUUUUGCAAAUAUUUUGGUCAACGACAAAGACCUCUUCAUGCAGGAAUUCUCCUCUGCAAUAUUAGCAGAAGUGUCAAAGGACAUGUUCGGCGUCGCACAAUUAUUGAAACAAUGUUUGGAUAUGAACUUCCUGUUCAAGAGACUUCAGUCUCCAGAUCCGGACGUGAAAAAGAACAAUUUAGAAAUUAUGCACAAUCUCUUGCGAGAUUCUACUGGAGCCAAAGAAAUGAUAGAAACAAAGGUUUGUUUAGACGAACAAUCGAUUUCGUGAAAUUUCAUUAAUUUGGAAACUAUACACCCUCCAUUGGAACAUGAAAAGCGAUUAAACAAAAUCUCAUCUAGAUGUAACAGAAUUACAAAACGACGAAAUUACGAAAAAAAACAUUAAGAAAACAGCAGAAUUUUAUAUCACUUUCAGGAUUUUAAUUUGAAUCUUCUAUACGAUCUUUUCGACUCGCCUUAUCGCGAAAUCCAAGGAUUAGCAUUGAAUAUCGUGGGUGAGCUGGUCAGUAGGAACCAAGAUGAUCACUUGCAAAACCUUUUCAGAAGAUCGAACGGUCUCCAGGCUUUGCUAAAGUUUUUAGAUGUAAGACUCGAUCUAGUGCAUUCAUGUAACACUUAAUAGCACACCUCUUCCAAUUCAGAAAGAAGAAUGCGUAGACCUUCAUUCGGAGGUGCUCAGAAUUCUCUGUUUGGCCUCCGAUAAUCCUGCAACGAUCGAUUUACUCAACGACAUCGGAGGCAUUAAAAGGCUUCUACAGUACACACAAGACACGCCAAACUCGAAAUUUUUCGUGGAAGCUCUUGAUGUAGUCGUUCGCCUAUCGCACACUCCCCUAGGCAGAAAAGUAACACGUUUUGUUUACCGUUGCUAUAAAUUAAGACAUUCAUUGUCGACUCAAUUUCAUUAAACUUUCAGCGAGGGGGACACAAUCUUGAGAAUUAUGAUUAUAUUUAAUAUCGUUAUUUCAUUUUCAUGAUUGGGAUAACCAAAAGUUUUUUCCAAUUUUUUUUCUUUCUAUAUCCAUUUUCAGCAAAUGUUCAAUCUGAAUAACAGUAUUUAAAUUUUAUCCUGUGCAUACCAUUUCGUAAUUUUCGAACUUCUCUUCCAUAUCAAAAUAAUGAAGUAUUUUUACUUUACUUUAGAUAGCAAGUAGACAGUUGAAAAGUUACGCUAUUCUUCUAUCACAACUGAUUUAACGUUUAUUUAUUCGAAAGGCACUGUACACCUACGGGAUCAUCGAUCAUUUAUUGCUGACAUUGUCUGGCAACGUGCAGUCCAAUAUCUACGAGAUCAGCUGUCACGGUAUCGGUAUGAUGACUCUUCACAACGACGCUGCUAAAGAACUGACCGAGAGCAAUUGCAUAAAGAAUGUUUUAGGUAUUCGAGAAGCUACCAGUCUCUUUGAACGAUUAUCUACUUCGCUAAUUCGAAAAACAUUUACAGAUAUACUGAAAAAUGAAAACUUGAAAUGGACUAUAAGACAGGCAGCCAUGUUUGCAUUGAACCGAUUGCUAAAGUGUGACAUGAA